AUGGAGCUGGCAAGCGCACUCUCCCUCUUCUUGGUUGCCUGCCUCUCCUACCUCGUGCUGCUCUUCGUCCGCAGGAAGCCCUCUGCCAGGGGCCGGCUUCCUCCUGGGCCCACUCCUCUGCCUCUGGUUGGGAACUUCCUGCAGAUUAAGGCAUUCGAGACCUUGCCAUCCCUCCUCAAGCUGUGGGAGCAAUACGGCCCCGUCUUCACCGUCUACUUCGGGAACCGGCCAAUCGUGGUCUUAUGUGGCUACGAAGCAGUGAAGGAGGCCCUGAUUGACCAGGCGGAGGAAUUCUCCGGCAGGAAAACCAACCCCACCCUGCAGAGGACCUUCGAAGGCCACGGGGUGGUCUUUUCGGAGGGGGAGCGCUGGAAGCAGCUGCGCCGGUUCUCCCUGACCGUCCUGAGGAACUUUGGGAUGGGGAAGAAAUCCAUCCACGAGCGGAUCCAGGAGGAGGCCCAGUUCCUGCUGGAGGAAUUUCAGAAGACCCAAGAGAAGCCCUUCAGCCCCAUCUUCUUCCUCAGCUGCUCCGUCUCCAACGUCAUCUGUUCGAUCGUUUUUGGGAACCGUUUCGAUUACCAAGACAAGGAAUUUCUGGCUCUCAUGAAGAUGAUGAACGACAGCUUUCGAGAGAUGAGCACCAGCUGGUCUCAGUUCUACGAUAUCUACGUCAACCUCCUGAGAUACUUCCCGGGGCCCCACACCAAGAUCUAUGACAUCCUAGAGGACAUGAGGCUCUUCAUCGCCAGGAGGGUGCAGAAGAACAAGGAGACCCUGGACCCCAACUCUCCCCGGGACUUCAUCGACUGCUUUCUCAUCCAGAUGGAGAAGGAGAAGGACAAUCCGGAGAGCGAAUUCAACCAGAAGAACCUGGAGUUGACCACCCUGAACCUGUUUUUUGCUGGGACGGAGACGGUCAGCUCCACCCUGCGAUAUGGGUUUCUGUUGCUGAUGAAGUACCCCGAAGUGCAAGCAAAGAUGCAGGAGGAAAUCGACCGUGUGAUUGGCCAGAACCGGAUCCCCAACAUUGAAGACCGGAGCCAGAUGCCCUACGUGGACGCGGUCAUCCACGAAGUGCAGCGGUUCAGCGACCUCAUCCCCAUGAACGUGGCCCACGCGGUCACCCGCGACACGGAGUUCAGAGGCUACCUCAUCCCGAAGCGUGGUGGGAAAUGGACCCUUGUGCUUGGCGGAGCCUCCUACUUGAGCCCACGUGGCGGCCGUAAUCGCAACCUUUCCUUGAAACUCAGGCAACCGGCCAUGAACUCCAGCCCCCUUCAUGCCACCCCCUGCCGGUUGCCCCUGGGCCAGAUUGCGCAUUCUGCCUUCCUGGCCCUCAGCGAAAGAUAA